UAGUUUGCAAGAGAUUGAAGGUGGAAGAUGUCCCGACUUGAGAUUUGGCGAUGUACAGUAAUCUCUAGAAAAUAUUAGAGGAGCAGGCCGUUAAUAGUGCAAAGUGGAUCUGGGGACCUUUAUAGAGUUUACAUUAUAACAUAUCGUAUGGAUUUGAUUGGAAAUAAACCUACUUUCCAUGACUUUUGGAUCUAGCUCAUUACUAGCAAAACAGAUUUCAAACAGUUACAAACAAGUACAUGUGAGAUGAAGUCAACCAUCACAAGAUGUUCCACUAACACAUCAAGUGGUAGUCAUGGCCCGAGCAGCAGUGGAGCCAGUGUUGUGACAGGAGGCAGCACAAGUGACCAAGCUAAAGAGGGCAGAACUAACUCUGACGGAGCAAACAGUUACAAGUCCAACCAUGAGGAGACCAAAAGGAAAAUUAAGGUGAGCCUUAAUCGCCUAGAUGUGAACAAGUUGGACAGCCCUGGUGAUGGAAAGAGCCAUGGCAAGUCGGACCCAGGCAAUCACAAAGCUAGUCAUGGGGAUCACAAGCAUGCCACUGGGAAGAUAAGCAGGACCUUGGAGAAGACAACAGCAAAUCAGGCGAAGGAAGAUGUUUCUUCCAUUAAAUUGCCUGAGGAUUCACUGGCCUCCAUCCAGACUCCAGAUGAAUGCCUUGCUUCAAUCAAGAUUCCUGAAGAUUCACCGGCCUCCAUUAAAGUGCCAGAUGAUUCACUAGCCUCAAUCAAGAUGCCGGAUGAAUAUCUUGCUUCUAUUAAGAUGCCAGACGAAUGUGUUACUUCCAUCAAGAUACCAAAUACAUCCCCUACUUCAAACCAUGAUCAGAGAGAAGCUGAUUUGUUUAGUAAAGAUGACCAGAACAAGGCUGGAGGUGUGGUGAGUUUUUCCUUCAAGAAGACUGGUGCCAAGAUAUCAUCUGCUGCAGUGUUUAAACAUGAAGACGAGGAAGAAAAAUCCAAAUUGAUUGAGGCAGAUGGCCAACUCCUUCCAGUGUCCCAUUGUGAUGCUGCAGCAUCAAAGAUGGAACAUCCUUCUGUUAAUGAUGAGGAGCACCUGCAGGCAAAGUCGCUGGGAUCAUUCAUCAAGGUCAUGAACAAAGAGGAAACCAUGGAACUGGACUGGCCAGUUGCUAUGGUUCAGUAUACAAAAACAGAGCCAGUCAUUGGCUUCAGCUGUGAUCCUCUAACCUUCGACUUCAAUCAGUUAUUGGUCAAACCUAAACUUGAUGUCAUACACUCUUCCAAAGAGAUAGAAACACCAGCCGAAACAAAAGAGGUUGACAGUUGUGUAGUCGUGUCCACAGUGGAAGUGUCCACCACAGAGGUACAAUCAAAUGAGACAGCAUUGGAGGAUACAUCAGUUAAAGAAGAAAAAGUGGUGAAGAAGAAAAAGAAGAAAAGCAAAAAGCAUAAGAAAUCAGCCAAGAGCAACAGUACAACGCAUGGAGCAACAGAAGCCGAAGGUAAAAAGUCUUCCGAGAGAAGAAAGAAGAAAAAGAAAAGAAAGAGCAAACAUCAUGAACCAACAGAGGAAGGAAAAACUGAUAAAAAUGCAGACGAGAAAAAGGAUGAGAUUGAAGACCAGAAAAAGUCUCAUAGCAAGCACAAGAAAGAAAAGAAAGAUGCAGAAUCAGAAGGUAACUCUCAGGGAGGGAGUGAUGAGUCUGGGGAUGAAAGCCACAAAAAGCCAGCCAAACACAAGAAACAUAGACAUAGCAAAAAGUCAAAAAAGAAGAAAAAGAAACAGCAUAGUAGUGACAAGAAAGAGGAAGCACUUCUAAAAGAUUCAGUAAAUCAAGAAAGUAAGGAAAAUCCUAAAGAUAGUGAAAAGGAUUCUACAAAGGAGUCUGCAAAGGAGCAACAGAAGACAAAAUCUUCUUCUGAACGUAAGGUAGAUUCCAAACAAAGCCACAAAAAAUCAGAGAUUACUCACAGUAAGACUGUUAGAGAACUAAGAGAGAAAAAGGAAAUGUCUGAUUCCUCUGAAGAUGAGGAGGAAUUUGUUAAAGAAAGAAAGAGGAAGAAAAGGAAGAAGAAAGGAGAUGGAAAGAAACUUGAUAAAGUUAACAAUGUCAAGUCAUCUGAUGGAAAAAAACCAGUUGAAAGGGUGGCUGUAAAACGUAGCUAUACCAGUGAGGAAUCUGAGUGUGAGGUAGAGGUUAGUAAAAAAACUGGGAAAAAUCCUGCUUCAGACAGGAGUAAGAGUUCACCAGUUUUGACAACUUCAGCUAUCAGCAAGAAAAUAAAAAAGGAACCUGGCAGUGGUUCUGAGAGACAGAGUGUAACUUCAUCAUCUCGUAAACGACAAACCAGUGAGUCUAGUGUGAAUGAGAACACUCCUGUGUCAUCAAAGAGACAGAAAGUUACACCCUUACAGCAAGUAAAGGUAGAGACACCAGUUGAAAAUUCAUGGAACCAAAUGGAAAAUAUGAUCGAAAUGAAAGCAACAGAUGAUAAUACAAAAUCAAAAUGGGAUACAAGUGACAGUGAAACAGAUAUAGCAGUGAAUACUUCUUUGGCUAAGGAACCAAAAGUUCUUGGUAAAACAACACCUACAGUCAGCACAAAGCUGACUUCACUUGAGAUAAAAAAGACUGUUUACAAUCAAGCUGUGCUUCAACAUGUUGCAAGCAAACCAAUGAACCUAACUAUAUCUGUUUUACAAAACCCAAGUGGUCAACAGAAGAUCAAGCCAGAAACAAAAACUGCACAGCACAAGUUAAAAGAUGUACGCAAAGACUCAAGUAGAUCUCACUCAAGGGGUCGCAAUCAUCAUCGUAGAUCUUAUUCUAGGAGCUACAGCCGCUCAGGAAGUUCUUCAUACUCGUCAGACUCUAGUCAUUCAAGAUCACGGUCAUAUAGUAGAUCUUACUCCCGUAGUUCACGAUCUAGAUCCCGGUCUCACAGACGAUCACGAAGGUCACAUUCUAGAUCAUACACUAGUUAUACAGAUGAUAGCUACAGUUCUAGGUCACGCUCCAGAUCGUCAAGGAGUCGCAGAUAUUCCAGGUCUAGUUCAUAUUCACGCUCAAGGUCAAGAUCAAGAGGUCACCACUACAGGUCUUAUUCAAGGGGAAGCAGUAGGUCAACUAGUUAUUCUAGGUCAAGAAGCAGAUCUCAAUCAUAUAGACACUCUAGAUCUCAUAGAAGGACUAGGUCCUCUGACUACAGUCGGUCAUCAAGACAUUCUAGUGUGUUGGGUGAUCGACCUCUUAAAAAGGUAGAAAAAACAGUGAAAGAAGAAAAGACUGACAAAGAUUCAAAGUCUGAUCCUCUAGACAUUCCUCUGCCAGACUUUGGCAAAGAGGAUGACACAAAAUCUGCAGAAAAUAUUGUCCAAAAAAUCAAAGAGAAGAAACAACAACACUCAGACUUAGUUAAAAAAGGCAUAGCAGCUAGUGAAGAAGCAGAAAAGGAGAAAGAUACAUCAAACACAAAGGAUUUCUUUGACAUUCCUUUACCUACAAUUGAGGAUAAGCCAGGAGCACAGGACAAACCAGAUAGUGCAUCAGGAAGCUAUCAAGGAUCUCUACUGCCUCCCCCACCACCUCCACCUUCAGGAAUGGAACCAAACCCAUCAAAUAUGCAGCCACACUAUCAUGGUCCAAUGGGACCUCAUGGAGGCCCUCCUGGUCCACAUGGGCAUCCUGGUGGUCGUCAUGGCCCUUAUGGACCUCAUGAUGGAGCACAUGAUUACCAUCCGAUGUAUGAUGGGCCAGGAGGAUAUGAUGGUCCCCAUGGACCUGGUGGUCCACAUCAUAUGGGCGGGCCUCAUGGCCCACAUGGACCCGGUGGGCCAAUGCCACAGAAUAUACGAGGGCCGCCACCUCAUCACAUGGGUGGGCCCCCGCAUAUUGGCCCACAUCAUAAUAUGCACCGUGGACCACACAUGGGCCCUUUGCCCCGAAACAUGGGUCCACCACCAGGUAACAUGGGCAUGAGAGGCAUGCCACCUCACCGCAUGCCUCCCCCAGGACAGAGAAUGUACCCACCUCCUAACAGAAUGGGACCACCACCUGGUCACAGUAUGGGACGUCCACCACAUAUGCAGAAUAUGCCCCCUUCACAUAUGGGUCCUGCAUCACACAUGGGAGGACCAAAUGAUCCUUACAACAUAGGGCCACGCUAUCCCUAUCAUAACUCAGACAGAGACCCAACAAAGGACAAAACACCCCCUCCUCUUCCUCCAUCCCGUUCUCCUUCACCACAGCCUCCUCCACCAACAAAGGAGGAGGAAAAGAAAGUUGAAGAGAUUGUCACUAACCCAUCCAUUGUAAUUCCUCCUGAACAAAUAGAGCAAUAUAAGCGUCUUCAGGAGCAGGCCCAGAAACAUGCAGUGAAACAAUUGCGACGACAGGCUAAACAGGAGAAAGGUGAAACCAUCAGUGAAUCAUCUUCCUCAGAGGAAGAGCAGGAAGAGGAGGAAAAUGUGGAAGAGCAGUCAGUGGUGUCCUUGGAGGAGGAUCAAAUCUCAAUAGAAGAACUACAGCAACAACAGCAACAACCCACACUGAUCGCCAUACAGUCCCCGGUACCACAACAGACAAUCAUGUUAGCACAGCCAUCACAGCAAUCUGUCUUGUCCCAGCUUCAGAUGGCUGGUGUGGCAGCAAUGGGACACUCUCCACAAAUCAGUGGUCAACACAUUCUCCUUCCUCAUUCAGCGGCUGGAGGGUUGGUACCAAUUCAAGCUGGGGCACCUAUGAUUGCAGUUCCUCAUCAUGCGGGACUACAACCUGUGAAUGCCUUGGCUGCUGCAGCUGCUGGUGCACAGCCUGCUCACAUCCCUGGACUUGUGCAAGCAUCACCUCAGAUUCACUUGACACCUUCAGGACAUGGGAUUCCCAUAGCAGCCCAGCCUACUCUCAUAUCACAUCAACAACAACAGAUUCUCGCUGCACAUCAGCAGAUGGCUGCCGCAUCAGCAGCAGCUGCAGCAGCCAGUGCUGGGCCUACUGUCCAUCUCCCUCAGCACUAUCUGGCAGCACAUAGUGGUCAACCAGUAAUUGUUGGCAACCAUUUGCUAAUCCCACGCAUUGUACGUCCUCACCUAUAAAAUGAGCCUAGUACUAAUCUCAGCAUUUUAGAUUGCAAAAUGCUGCAUGUCCAGAUGAAUUCUUUUUAUCCAAUUUCAUGAGUCAGUGCUAUAAGGCUGUGCCAAAUGAGUAGGAUUACACCGAGGAUAGUAUAUUUGGUGAUUGAAUACUCUUGAAUUCACUUUUGUCUUCUUCAGCAUGUAAAGCAUAUACAUCUAAUUGAUCCUCAAUGUUAUGGAAGUGUUAGUUGUGUACUUUAAUUCUGCAAACUGACAAAUGGCAAUUUCACUACUGAAAAAGGAAAUGGUUUAUUUUUUGAUGGGUGAAUGGAGGGGGCUGUAAGUUAAUCAUGUUUGAACGAUGAGAUAUAGACAUUACAUGAGUGGUUGUUGUGCAUCGUAUUUCUUUCUCUUCUGUUAUUUUUUCAAAAUUUUUUGUGAGUUUUGAUAAAUUGUUAAUGAGAGUGAAAGAAAUACAUUAUACAACAGCCACAAGUUUGUGUAACCGGUUUCUACCACAGUUAAAACAUUAUUCUGAGGACGAAUUGAUCUUGUUUGGUACCCUUAUGCGUUUUGUUUAUAACAUCAUUUGGGACUUACCAGGUAAUGAUAUGUGAAAUGCUUUAAAUUGAUAUGCAAAACUGACAAUUUCAGAUAUUUCUUUAUCUUCAAAACAGUAAUCCAUCAAUAGAAAUCCAUGUAAAAAUCAAAUAGUUAGAAAAACAAUUGUGAACUACUUAUUGGGCAUAUAUGUAUUGAUUUUCACAAGAUCACUAUGUCAGCAAAUCAAAGCAGCUUAAAUAUUGGACCACAUACGGUAUAAAUAUAUAUUUAUACAACUAUUGUAAUGAUUAAUUGAUGGUUUUGAAGUAGAAUAACAUCCAACUGUUGUGGUAGAAAUAUUGUGAUCUCAUCAUAGCCUCAGUUACUAGGUACACAUUAGAUCUUUUCACAAUAUUUUGUUGUUAAAGACAUAAUGAAAUAUGGGAGUUCAAAUCAAAUGUGUUUGACAGGGAGAUAAAUGUUUCUUCUUGUAAUGCUGGAAAUUAAUAAUUAAUUUUUUUCAUGUUAUGUUGAAUUUUACAAGUGGAAAAUAUCACUUUUUUGAUUGGUCAGAUUUUAACAAUGCUAUACUUUUUCGUAUCUUUAAGCUCACUUUGUCAGAUACUGUAAAUAUGUUUAAUAGUUUGAUGAAAUCAAAUUUGAUCAAGUUAUCACUUUUUGGCAAGUUAGCUUGAUGACGAUGAAUCUUUCUGUAUAUUGAAGGAAGCAACAUUUAUUGAAGCUUUUGAUUAAAAACUGACUUAAAAUAUAAUCAGACGGUUUUGAAAGGAUUGACCACCAUGGAACUGAAGGCCAAGGUGGUAAGAAGUGCAUACAUGUUUGCUACUUGUAACAUUAUUGGUAGAUGAUAUGAUCUGGAAGUCCAUGUGAUCUGGAAGUUCAUGUGAUAAAGUUUAGUUAAGGUGAUUUAGGAACAUGAAGUAAUAUUACAGGAACUAUUACUUCAAUUCCUGUAUGGCCAAAAUUCUAACUUUUAAGUUGUUGUUAAUAUAUUUUAAUUUGCCCAAAGCCAUUCAAUUACCACUUCACAGUUUAAUAUAUAUUUAAAUUUUCCCAACACAAUUCAGUGACUACUAGACAGUUUAAUAUAUUUGAAUUUGCCCAACACCAUUCAGUUGCUACCAUACAGUUUAAUAUAUAUUUCAAUUUGCCCAACACAAUUCAAUGACUACUAGACAGUUAUAUAUAUUUAAAUUCGCCCAACACCAUUCAAUUACUACUAGACAGUGUAAUAUAUUUAAAUUUGCCCAACACAAAUCAGUGACUACUACAGUUUAAAUCAUUUCGAUUUGGCCAACACCAUUCAAUAACUACUGGACAGUUUAAUACAUAUCAAUUUGCCCAACACCAUUCAGUGACUACUAGACAGUUUAAAACAUUACAAUUUGGCCAACACCAUUCAAUAACUACUAGACAGUUGAUAUAAUGAUGAGAUAAUAAAUUGCAACUAGACUUGCUGUAUUGUGAUGUCAUAAUGCUCUUGCCAGCCAUUUCCUGUUUCAGUUGUUCCCAUCACUAAAUUCACUCCAUCGUAUAAGCAUUUUCACUAAAUAUAACCAGAUUCCUAACAUGUAUUGUCCAAAAUGUUGUAGGUUAUGUAAAUAUAAGUAAUAAUUAUUUUUUGUGUGUAAUUAUAGCUGAUAAUUGAAAGCGAUUUCAUGGGUUUGCCAAAAGAUCACUUACAAUUAUAUCAACUAUCAUUCCAGCCACUUUGUUAUUUUUUUGAUGCACAUUUGCUUCAUAUAUCACUGGUUACAUUUAGAUACUGAUUUUAUGGCUGAAAGCAGAAAAUGGUACAAUAGUGAUGUUUUAUUGUAAAGCAUAACAAAGAUUAUGUCACAGAUUCCUGUACUUUUUGAUUUGUAAGCAUUUUUAUUUUAAAAAUGCAAUGAAAAAGUCCUUAAAUGGUAUCUUGGUAAGUGCUUUAUGUAUUUCAAUGGUGUGACAGAAUAUGCUACAAAUGCAAUUUUUUUUCGCUUCGCAUAGAUAUGAAAUAAUGAUAUUUUGUCACUUUCAUGAAACAUGAAUAAAGGGGAAAUCAUUUAAUGUUCUCUUGAUUUUUGGAUCAUUUACAAAAGCAAUGAUGCUUGUACUGAUAGAUGUAACACUAAUGGUGAAUUUGAAAUGCUUGGAAUUAAAAUGACUAAUGGUGAAUUUGAAAUGCUUGGAAAGUAAUAUGAAAGGUUAUUUUAUUUUAUUUAUUCUCCAUAGUUUUAAUGAUGACAAAGAUAAGAUAAUAAGUUAUAUAUAUCGUUGUGAGAUGCGUCAAUAUUCUUACUAUAUAAUAUAUUGUUUUAUAAAACAAUUGUCGUCAAGCUUAGAUGAAAUUUUGUGAUUGUUGUUCAUGUGAUGUACUACAUCACAUACUGGCAUAUCGAGCUUGAGAUUUGUUUUACAGUGACUACUGGUGGACAAUAUUGUUACCUUAUUAAUAGAAAGAUAUUGCUCAAAUGUAUUCAGCAAGAUCCUGGAUAGGGAAAUGCUGCCUGCCAAGUGAUGAUUAAAGGGAGAUAAUUUGUGUGCUUGUUGACCGUUGCAUGUUUUUUCCCUGUGAAUUAUUCAAGCAUGUGGUGUGAGUGGUAAUGACAGAAUAUGUUAGCCAUUUGUUAUGUAAUGUCAUUAACUAGAUAAAAUAUUGGUUUAAAACAGAACAA